AUGAAGCUUUUGAUCGCGUUGCUUGGUUUCGUAGCAGGAAUGGCGUCCUGUCAAGCGGCAACAUACAGCUGCUCGUCUGGCAUCAACUGCGGGAACGAUGUCGAGUGUCUCUCGACUUGCAGCAACAUUGUCGUGAUGGGAACCGUUUCACAGGUGAUUUCACCAAACGGUACUGUCCUUGGCCCAGGCUCCACCUACUCCGCCAGCGUGGUGGUCCAAUGCAGUUUUAAAGGCGGCGUAUCGCUGGCCGGCCAAGUCCUGACGAUCUCGGGGUUCAGUAACCCACCGGCAACGCCCACCAACUCCUGCAACGGCAGCAUUUCCGCGGACGGCAAGCAGUACCUCUUCUUCAUUUACAUCUCCAGCCUGUCGACGUCGACCGUCAAGACCUAUGCCAUCUCGACGGUCUGCUACGGAGGCAUUCCCGUGACUGCCGACAGUAUCCAGCACGUCAGCAACGUUAUCGGAGCCAGUGUCGGCACAAGCGGUGCGCUGUUUGGAAGCGCGAGCUGCACACUUCCGGCUCCUCAAGCCCCUCCUCCCCCGCCUCCAACGGUGUCGGGUGGAUCGGGCGGCAGCUUCAUCGCGGGGAGCGACGCCGUCUCGCCGCGACUGGGCAAGUUUGCCGUCGCUGUCGCUGGCAUGGGGUCGCUGGUGGCACUGCUGGCGGCUAACUAG